AUGGCCCCCAAGGAUAACAAGAAGAAGGUGUCCACCUUCGUCAUCGACUGCGCGAAGCCGGUCGAGGACAAGAUCAUGGAGAUCGGCUCGUUCACCGCUUUCCUCUCGGAGCGCAUCAAGGUCGGCGGUCGGGCUGGCGCGCUCGGCGAGGCGGUCACGGUGACGAGCGACAAGACGAAGGUCACGGUGACGAGCGAGAUUGCCAUGAGCAAGCGCUACAUGAAGUACCUCACGAAGAAGUACCUCAAGAAGCACAAUGUUCGCGAUUGGUUGCGCGUCAUCGCGUCCUCCAAGGAUCGUAACGUCUACGAGUUGAGAUACUUCAACAUCGCGGACGACGCGGAUGAGGAAUAA